AUGCAACACCUAACAUUAUUUAUUUGCAUUUACAAUAUAGAAGAGUUUGGUUUGCCAGAGCGCUUGUUUCAGACGGGGUAUGAACCCUCGGGGCGGAAAAGAAUAAACAACUACUUCAAUUUGCGGUGGAUUGAAGUUGUAAAAGGAGCACUAACGGAUGCUCAACAGGAGUUGUUGGCUGAGUCGCAGUUUCGCCAGCUAAUGUUGAUGGGAGGGCAUACAUUUUCAGUGAUGUUUGCUCACAAGUUAUUGUCCCGGCAGUUGGUUACGAGGAAGCUGUAUGAGCUGUGGUGGUUGUUUGCAGGGAAGCCUAUACGAUAUGGUAUUGGAGAAUUUGCUUUAGUGACAGGACUCAAUUGUGGGUUGCCUCCAACAUCUUCUCUUGGUGGACAGGAAAUGGUUAAAGGGAAAAAAGGUGAGGAGACUAUCACUCCGGAUUGGAUCAUCUCCAAAUUGGCACAAAAAGAUAAGUAUAAAGACGAGGAAACCCGAUUGCGUUUAUCUCUUCUCCUUCUUGUAGAAGAUCCACGUUUAGGGGAAGAUUUGGUUUCUGAUGAUCUUCCGAUUGAAGACAUUGUUGAUGGAGUAUGUGCGCGGUCUGUGAAAAUCAAUAUUGUGACUGUGCAAACCCUUGAACUAACCGGUCAGGCUCCGGUUCGUUCCAUACUAUGCGAAGGGUCUGACAUCCCACCAUUGACAGCUGAGAAGGACGAUCUACGAGUCAAUCACAUGGCUUCUGAUGCAAAGCAAUCGAAAGGGGUUGGAGGAUUGGGAGCGUCGAGUUCAGAAACAGUAGGGCAGCCUGGUGGGAAUGCUGAGGCCGACCAGCCUGAAAACGCCAAUACAGAGGGGCUUCCAGGAGUGUUUGAUGUAUCUACGCUCGCACGUUUGGUUGCAACCGAACUACAUGCCCGCGCUUUACCCAUUGUAACAAGCUUAAAAGAAGGCAUAUGUGGCGAAAUUCAGUCCUUAAAGGAUGUCCUUUUAGGCUCUUCAGUGCGUACGCAAGUUCGAGCAGAUGACGUCCGCCCUGUUUCUACACAUCCUACGGUCCCUUAUGCCGUCCCCGAGACGAUGACAAGGCCUGGCGAGAGUGGUCGUUUAUCACCUGGUAGUUUAUCACCGGCUUUUCCUGUCGAAUCUCCAGAGGAUGCAUCACCUGAAAGGAUGUCCAGUCCGACUGAACGCGAUACUGCUUGUAUUGAGGAUAUAAUUGCGGAGCUAGCAGCUGUUUCUGAAGCCACUGAGAAUGAAGGAAAUGCCGAGGGUGCCAUUGGAUCAGAUAAGUCCUCAAAUGUGGAAAGCGAUCAUGUAGUUUCCGAUCCAGCUUUGCAGAUCGCUGUUGCUCAGCUUCCUAUACGUGUGCCUCAAUCUUCUGAGAUUCCAAGCGAAGAGACUGAUUCAGAAGCCCCUGAUAGAGAAGGACAUAGCGAGGGUGGGACAGUAGAUAUGGAAAGUGAUGUUCUUGUUUCCGAUCCAGCUUUGCAGGCAUCCCAGGGUGUGUCCUCAGAACAACAACUCAACUCCGAUGUGACAGACCAACCAACAACAGGCGAAUUUGGUAGCGAAAACAUUAUUGACGGUGAAAGGCAGAGGCGGUCAAGCAAAAGGGCUCGAUGCCCGAACUCCCAAUAUACGCCUCCUCCACUUCCUGUCAAGAAACAGAAGGGUAAAAAAGGUGGAUCCCAUGCAAAAAAAGUUUCGAACAAAGUUCCAACAAUGAAGGAGGAGGCUUCCUCUGCUGCUACCACCACACCAAAACAAUCUGGAAAAGAAACCAAAAUGCCAACUAUUCCUGAGGAGCCUUCACCGGCUGCGACGUCACUAGCAAACCCAUCGGGAUCUCUUGUUCCAGAAACCAAAAUGCCAGCUAUUCCUGAGGACCCUUCAACUAUUGCGACGUCCCCUGCAAAACCAUCGGGGUCUUUUGUGGCAGAAACAAAUGUUGGCCCUUUUGUUGGGCGAUUUGCACCAUGUGUGCGCCCUAAUGCAUUCCGUGUAUCCGGUUUUCGCACCGUUAUGCAGACAGCAAGGGAGUACGAUAUAAGGGAAGGUGUUACAGUUGACAAUACGGUUUUCCAGUCCUUUUUUGAUUCAACACAGAUGCAAACACCAAAGGCCGCAGACAUGGUGGUAACAUUUAUUCGAAGGCGCCUCCGUGUUGCGGGGAUUACAACUUAUGAUUUUUUGCCAGCAUCUUUUGUGGAAUCCCUUCGUCUUGAAUACCAGCAAUUCUGUCGUGUCAAGGACAUAGGCAAUUUCAGCUUCUCCAAUAUAUUCGCAAAUCCAGGGUUCCCUAAUAUGACGUGGGAUGCUAAAGUCCAAGUAUUAUACUUCCCAUUUCAAGCGGACAGGUGGCAUUGGAUUGGUGUUGUCGUUGAUAUAGCCAACUGGAGCAUUCAUGUUUUAGAUUGUAACCCGUCAUGUCUUAGUGACGACAAGAUCGUAGCCCUCUUGAAUCCGAUUGUCGUCCUUCUACCCCUACUUAUAGGGCUUAACAGCGGGAAAGCAUCGGCCGAAGAAUUCUCUUGUAUUGCAUCGAUUCUACUUAUGGAACUGCAUGCCAGCAAUAACAUCUCUCAGGCAGCACAUCUUAACGCGGAGGCUCUUGCACUUGCAGCUCAGACCUAA